UUUUUUGCUCUAUUCGGUAAAGUCGCGGGGGUUUCAUCACCGCCAAUUGUGCAUCAUAAGCUUGGUUUACAAGACUUCAUAUACUCGACAACUCUCUCCAUUUGAUUCUCGGGGUUGGUCGCUGACUUCCUCAAGUCAUAACCAUUAUGGUAUGGCCUUUUACUUCUGCCUCCAAGAAAGAUGAUGAGUCUUCGAGGCAGUCAGUCUCCUGGGACGAAAGUCUAAAUGGAACCGACUGGCAACACUAUAAAGACCCUAGAAACUGGGUCCCAACUUUGCUUGUGACAACAACCGUCAUCGCGUCCUUACAGAUCUACCGUUCAUACCUGCGCCGAAUACCUGGGGCCACCUACAUACAACCGGCAUUUUUCAGGAAGAGAAGUCUAUUCGGUCGGGUUACAAGCGUUGGAGAUGGUGACAACUUCCACCUGUACCAUACGCCCGGCGGUCGUUUGGCCGGCUGGGGUUGGCUACGUAGAGUACCCACCAAGAAGAUCGAUUUGAAAAAUAUGACGAUUCCCAUACGCCUUGCUGGAGUUGAUGCACCAGAAGGCGCUCACUUUGGACGACCCGCCCAACCGUACUCGACAGACGCUCUGGCAUGGUUAUCUAGUUAUAUACUUGGUCGACGGGUGCGUGCCAAAAUUUACAAGCGUGAUCAGUAUGAUCGUGUUGUCGCUACCGUAUUCGUGAGACGGUUCCUGCUCCGUCGCGACGUUGGCUUGGAAAUGCUAAAGAGAGGCCUGGCUACAACCUACGAGGCCAAGAGUGGCGCGGAGUUUGGUGGCCUUGAAGAGAAAUACAAGGCUGCAGAGAUGAAGGCAAAGGAGAAGAAACGAGGAAUGUGGGGUAGCGAGCCGCAGUUCUUCGAAAGCCCUCGAGAUUAUAAAACUCGAAUGAACUCGGAAGAGUCAAAGAAACAAUAACGCCAAAUGAUGAGAGAUGAAUCAUGAACCGGUUAUACUUAGGUGUUUUGUUGUAUUUGCGAAUAAUUGUGGUCUAUCAUUGAGCCGAGACUCGAUUUAGCUCUAACCUCCAGAUAUUCCACGAUAAUACGAAGUACAUGUCAAAUA